CAAUCAGACCACAGCCGCAUCAAUUGACCUUGUCGAUUGUAUACUCAAAUCCAACUUUAUCUCAUACGUCACCGACCGUCGUUCGUCACCGUAGCAAAUAUGGCUGCCCCGCUUCUGUCGAUGCCCCGCGUCGCCUUUACUUCAACCUGCUUCCGUUCAGCAGCUUCUUCUGCCCCUCGUUUUUCCUCUCCUUCUUCCUUCCACACCACCUUCAAGCCUCUCUCAGCUUCGACAUCUUCUGCCUUCAGACAGUCCACCAAACCAAUCUCGUCUCGUCUCUUCUCAUCAACUUCCAUCGCCAUGUCUAACAAGGUCUUCUUCGAUAUUGAGUGGGAGGGUCCCGUCCUGGACGCCAACUACCGUCCCACCAGCGAAAUCAAGGUCCAGACCGGCCGUGUCAACUUCGAGCUCUACAACAACGUUGUCCCCAAGACUACUGAGAACUUCCGUGCUCUCUGCACUGGCGAGAAGGGCUUCGGUUACAAGGGCUCCUCCUUCCACCGUAUCAUCCCUGAGUUCAUGCUCCAGGGUGGUGACUUCACCCGUGGCAACGGCACUGGUGGCAAGUCCAUCUACGGCGAGAAGUUCGCCGAUGAGAACUUCCAGGAGAAGCACAAGGAGCCCUUCCUGCUCUCCAUGGCUAACGCUGGUCCCAACACCAACGGUAGCCAGUUCUUCAUCACCACUGUGAAGACUGAGUGGCUCGACGGCCGCCACGUCGUCUUCGGCAAGGUCGCCGACGAGGACGGCAGGCGGGUGGUCAAGUCUAUCGAGGCUGUCGGCUCUCCCAGCGGUAACGUCAAGUACAGCAAGAAGCCCACCAUUGUCAACUCUGGCGAGGUCUAAGUCUGCCAAUGGCUUUGUCUUGGACGUUAUGAUGAAGUAAAGGGAAUGGAGUAAAACAAAAGUUAGAGAUAUCAUCGUCGACUUGCGUGCCAUUGUCGUUCCUUGAUCGAAAUUAAACUUGAAGGUCCCAUC